AUGUCCCGCAACGUUCGGCAAAAGUUUUCUUCCACCUCCGUCAAGGCAUCGAAGCGGAGACCCUCCGACUCGUCCUCCUCCUUCGGCCUCUCCGAUGACGAUGGCUACUCGGCCGUCGAGGACAUCAGUGAUUCCGAGGAUGACGACGAGGACGAUGUCAAGGCGGCCGAGGAGGAGAACAUCCUGACAGAGGGCUCUGCCCUGCCCUCUGUCGCUCCUCGGCCGCAACCGGUCGACCAAGAUGCUGAAGACGAAGACGACAACAAUGACGAUGACUAUGAUGACGACGAAAAUGACGAUGACGAAGAUGCCGAGGACGACCACCUCCUUGACGACGACAACGCCGACGAAAACGCCAGCUGGGCCGGUAUCGCUUCGGAGGUGGACGGCAGCCAGGUCUCAGACUUCUUCAACUCCUUCGCCUCGGAUGCCGUUGUCGAGCGCCACGUCCACUUCGACGUGCCCUCGAGCGACUCCGACUCGACCGACACGGAGGAUGAUCACGCCGAUCUGUUUCCCGACAUCUUCGUCUCGCAGAGCUCACUUGACCCUGCCUUUCGCCGCGAGAUUGAACAUGACGCCGACGAGUCGUCCGGAUCGGGCUCCUUCUGGGACUUCAACGGCCAGCACGAUGGCCGGCAGGACUCGGAUGCGGAAGAGGUCGUCCGGCAGCUGUCGGAAGACGACACGCCCACGGCCACCCCUCGACCCACCCAGCCCGCGGCGACCCCAGCGAGCUUCACGCCUGCCUUUGAGGAGAACCUGGAACUGGACGGAUACGAGACCGAUGGCGACACGACCGAAGAAGACAUUCCUGAGCCUCCGAUUCGGAGAAAAACUCGGCGUCCGUCGGUCCCGAUGAGCGAGGCGUCCGGUUCCGAUGUUGAGUCUCCCGUCAAGCCUCAGCGGGGCCAACCCCGCGUCGGCCGGUUCAAUCUCGACAGGUCGGACAAGAAGCCCAUCGCGGUCCUGAACCCCUUGACGCGGAAAAUGAUGAUCUUCACCCCCCAUCGGCGUCGCCAGCUCGAUUUGUCGCCGGAGCAGUUCAACCUGCCGUGGCUCAUGGACGAGCAGCCGUCUCCGCUCCUCAGCAGCUCGGCCAACAUGAUGCUUAGCGCCAUGUUCUCGUCCAACACCUUUGGCGAUUUCGUCAAUGCCCAGACCAUGGGGCCGGCAGAGGCCUUCUUUCCCUUUCCCUCUGAGGGAAACACGGCCGACGAGAGCUCGACGGGGCCCAGCGAGGAGGAUGAAGCGGAGAAGAAGCUGGAUAUCAACGACUUCAUCACCUGGGACACCGGCGAUUCCUCUGGCGAGGAGGGUGCCUCGGGCGACUGGGAAUCGUCUUCCACUCCCGCCAGACCCACGGCGGACUCCAGCGAGCUCGACGUUCUGUCGCAUCUCAACUCGGAAACGGUGGGCGCGUUCCGCCGGAACCAGAUCAACCAGCAGCUCAUUCUGAGCAACCAAGCCACCCAGGACUCCCUCGCGUUUAGCGGGCCGUACAACUACACGGCACUCAAGGGCCUCAAAUCGGAUCGCUUCGACACGGCCGGCCUGCCUCUGACGCCAAUUCGAAGGCAGAGAAAAAACCUGGGUGACAUGGCGCGCAGUCCUCUGGAGUCGGCCUCGGCAAAGCGCAAGGCGUCGGGCGACGCUGGCGGGGGCCACAAGAGGCACAGGAGCAUCUCGGACGUGAACAUGCUGCGGAUAUGA